UGCUGAUCGCUUUUGUUUGGACUUUUGCCGUCGUAAUGGUUCCUGCAGGUGGAGAGCAUCAUAUUGCCCAGAGCAGGGAAGUCGGGGUCGAGAGAAACAAUGGCAAGCCAUGAAACGACGAUGCCCUUUUUGCCCUUUUUAGAUGACAACGUAGAGGAGGCAACAUCCAGGAUCUUCCCCCCAUCUUCAUUUCUCGACCCCGCAAGCCUACUGUCUGUCGCCCGGGGUUUUUUCAACCAACCAUGUGGGCCUGCUGCAGCUUCUCAGCCCUGGCCAGUCAGACGGGUCGAGGGCUUGAUUCCGAGCUAUCAGCGUUGAGCAAGUGUCUGUGAGCUGCGUGUGACAAGAUCCCGGGCGCCCCGGCCCCAUCGAAGUAGGUAUCGUGGCAUUGAAACUAAGCUGGGUCGGAAAGGGAAAAGAAAAAAGGAAAAGAAAAGAAAAAGAUGGAAAGAAAAGCGUGCCUGUGGGUGACUGGCGCCAACUCAAUAAGAAGUGUCCCCGUCCCCGAGUCCGAUGUGAAAUUUGACAGACUGGCGACUUUUGCCAACAUUCUUUAUCAUGGUUUCAUGGUUUCCUCGAGAACCCAUGCGGCCGACUCCGAGUGGUUCGCUGUCUGUAUCCGUACUUUUCGUAUUAAUUCUUAUUGCUUUCCCUCCCGACAGCCCGACGACCGAGGCAUCACAAAGAAAACCCUCAGGUCAGCGAUCCCGACGGCCCUACGAUAGCUGGAGCCGGUCAUCUCUCAGCAGCAGCAGGAAACUUCAUCUUUUCGGGGUCAGACGUGCCAACCCCGUAUUGAUUUUUGUGCCUCUCCUGUCCCGGAAGGGUCUCUGAAGUUGGUCUGGACUCUCUGCCCGUCAUCUUUGGAACUGAUGCCCUCAUAGGGCAAUUGUCUGCGAUUGACGACCGAGGGAACCUGAGAUGUACGGUCGGCGACGGACCUGGACCUAGCAUCAUCUGCCCAAGGCCGAAUUCCGCACUUGCACACUUGCACUGCCUGCCCUUUGUUGGCUGGUUGAGUUUUUGGCCUGACCCCGGAUAACGGUCCGCCGGGCCGGUAAUCCGUUCUUCGAAGUUGUC